AUCCGGUGAAGAGAGAGAUAAGACAUUUAAAUCAACUUACUGAAGACAGAAUAUAAUGGCCAGAACUCUUCUACAAAGAGAGAACGUGCCUGAAUAAUCUGGAGUAAACUGAAUUGACCAAGUCUACACCCACGAUGGAGGAGAUCAGUGAUGAAGACUUCUUAGUUAACCUUUCCCAUGAGGAAGUAGAGGAUCUUCCAGCAGCAUGUUCUGUCUGUGAGGAUGAUCAUCAACAGACUGAUACAGGAGAUCCUUGCCCUCAUGUGACGAGGACAGUGUAUAAUAUCAGCAGUGAGUUAGUGUCUCUUUUGGAAAGUCCUGCUGGUGAACUGGAGAGAUACAUUGUGACCACAUGCAGGGAGGGAGACAUUGUGCACGAGACAACGGACACAAACCUGAAAGCUGCAGAUAUAAAUGUUCCUCCACCAGUAGAAGGUGUUGACACAGUUUCUCUUGGCUUGGCAUCCACUGGUUCCUCUGUCAGGUAUAAACUUCAUGUAGAUUAUACCUGUAAGACACAAGGAGGCAGUGUGGACCUGGAAGACUGCAGCCCUUUAGAUAUUGUAGGACUGAAUCCUGGGACUGAGUAUACCUUCAGCAUCACAAGGAUAGCAGAAAAUGGAGUUAAAAGCACAGUGACCUCUAUAUCUGCCUGUACAGAGCCUGUUCCUCCUGCAUCAGUAACAGUUUCCAGUAUCAGCAGUGAGUCAGUGUCUCUGCAGUGGGACACUCCUGCUGGUGAAGUGGAGAGCUACAAUGUGACUUGUUGCAGUGAAGGAGAAACUGUGCAGGAGCUGAACACAGAUACAAACAGUGUGACCUUCAACAAUUUGAGGCCAGGGGUGUGUUACUCCCUCCAUGUUUGUGCACUACUCAAAAAUGCAAGAAGAAGCAGCCCAACUGAGACAUCUGCCACAACAAAUGUUCCUCCACCAGUAGAAGCAACUGUUCUCCAUGCUGGUGUUGACACAGUUUCUCUUGGCUUGGCAUCCAGUGGUUCCUCUGUUAGGUAUAAACUUCAUGUAGAUUAUACCUGUAAGACACAAGGAGGCAGUGUGGACCUGGAAGACUGCAGCCCUGUAGAUGUUGUAGGACUGAAUCCUGGAACUGAGUAUACCUUCAGGAUCACAAGGAUAGCAGAAAAUGGAAAUCAAAGCACAGUGACCUCUAUAUCCGCCUGUACAGAGCCUGUCCCUCCUGCAUCAGUAACAGUUUCCAGUAUCAGCAGUGAGUCAGUGUCUCUGCAGUGGGACACUCCUGCAGGUGAAGUGGAGAGCUACAAUGUGACUUGUUGCAGUGAAGGAGAAACUGUGCAGGAGCUGAAGAUAGAUACAAACAGUGUGACCUUCAACAGCCUGAGGCCAGGGGUGUGUUAUUACCUCCAUGUUUGUGCACAACUCAAAAAUGGAAGAAGAAGCAGGCCAACUAAGACAUCUGCCACAACAGAGAGAAGUUGCCUGAAUGAAGAGAAUGAGUCUGCACUCACAGUGGAGGGACCCAGCAGCGAAGAUUCAGCUGUUGAUUUUUUCUAUGAGGCACCAGACGACCUUCCAUCAACAAGUUCUGCUGGGAAGGAUGACUGUGAACAGGCUGAUACAAGUGGGAAUUCAUUGCUGAUGAUUCUCCAGAGGGUUCAGAAAGUGUGGACGGGUCCACUCAUGGAGUCAGCGAGCCAUAAGGCUGAUGUUCCUCCACCAGUAGAAGCAACUGUUCUCCAUGCUGGUGUUGACACAGUUUCUCUUGGCUUGGCAUCCAGUGGUUCCUCUGUUAGGUAUAAACUUCAUGUAGAUUAUACCUGUAAGACACAAGGAGGCAGUGUGGACCUGGAAGACUGCAGCCCUUUAGAUGUUGUAGGACUGAAUCCUGGAACUGAGUAUACCUUCAGGAUCACAAGGAUAGCAGAAAAUGGAAAUCAAAGCACGGUGACCUCUAUAUCCGCCUGUACAGAGCCUGUCCCUCCUGCAUCAGUAACAGUUUCCAGUAUCAGCAGUGAGUCGGUGUCUCUGCAGUGGGACACUCCUGCUGGUGAAGUGGAGAGCUACAACGUGACUUGUUGCAGCGAAGGAGAAACUGUGCAGGAGCUGAACACAGAUACAAACAGUGUGACCAUCAACAGCCUGAGGCCAGGGGUGUGUUACUCCCUCCAUGUUUGUGCACAACUCGGAAAUGGAAGAAGAAGCAGGCCAACUGAGACAUCUGCCACAACAGAAACAUACUUAAAGAGUCGAUUGGUGAGUCUCGGCUUGGAGCAGUACUACAGACAGAAGCUAUCACUCAGUCAAAUACUACAGAUUGAUGAGACGACCAUCAAUGAUGAACAACCUGCCAUGUCUAAAUCAGACCUUCCAUGGUAUUUUCUAAAGAAACUGUUGAUGGUUAACGUGUCAGCAAGGAAUGUGAAUUAUAAAUCUGGAUGUGAGUCAAACUGUGAGGCUGCAUCAGAGAUUACAGAGUUUGAUUUUCCUAAUCUGCUUGGCAGUGCAAAUACAGCUGACAUGCUAAACCCCCUUGACUUAAUCACUGCUCUCUUUCUAUGCUCUGAUGGUUUUGUGCAGCAGGAAAUGACUCUCAAGAUGUCUAUGUGUCAGUUCUCUGUGCCUCUGCUGCUUCCCAAUAGUGACACACAGCAGUGUACACUUAUGCUGUGGGCCAUGAGAGACAUUGUUAAGAAGUACAGACCUCAGUCUCUCUUAGACUCCAAGGGCUUCAUUGAAGAGAGAAUUGUUCUUUCUGAACUUCCCAUGGUUUCUUUUGUGAGGCUGGGUGAGUGCACCUUGUCUAAGUCUGAGAUCCUCAACAAGCUUCUGAGCAAUUCUCAGCAAUACCAUGACACCUUUGUUCACCACAACAUGGAGGGUGGAGACAGUCCAAGAAGAAUAUCCAAUGGACUGACUGAAAUUACUUGGUAUCUUCCUGGUGGAAACAAGAACAUGGACAUUUUCAGUGAGCCUGUGGCUGUUGCUAACCUUCGUGGGGACAUUGCUUCAUUUGAAACCCAAUUUUCAUUUCUGUGUCACACAUCUGCAGCAGUUUUUGUCUUCUUUGACAAUUUAGAUUCUGGGUGCAAUCUGCUGACGAACCGAACUGGCAAGGCACAGAUCUUCUUGGUGGGUAACCACAAUGGGAAAAACUUCAGCUUAGAGGCUGUAAGAAAGGUAGCAACCCAGUUGGGCUUGACUAACAAUAACAUCAUUAUUAAGACAAAACAGAAAAAUGAUGCAGACUUUGUCAGAAGUUUGAGGAAGGCAGUCAGUGAUGUAGUUGAGAACUCAAAGAUGAAGUUACAAAUUGAGCAGAUGGCUGACAUUGCCCAUGAAUUUGGGAUUUUGGUUGAUGAAGAUGUUCCAGAGUGCAAGAGUGGAAAGAAUAACGCAGAUGCCAUCACGGAAGAAAUCCAAGAUGCCCUGAAAUACAAAGAAGAACAGCUUCCCUUGCAAGGUGAUAUAUGGAAGGAGCUGACUUGCUUAGAGAAGGAAGAAUUCCGGCUGCGAAAUGCUGGGUCUAAAAACAUAGAGGAGUAUAAAGGUGAUCUUCAGAUGCAGAAAAGAGAACUGCGUCAAAAACAGAACUCCUAUGACAUGUCCAAUGCUAUGACAUGCUUCAUCAAUGCAAUAUCAAGUUCCGGGACAGAGAGGCGUUACUUUCUGAAAUGGAUGCGAAUGAACCUUGAUAACGUGUCUCGUGAAAAACUGUCUGGACUCAGGGAGCGGUACAAAGAAAAAUGCAAGAAUUCUGACAACAAAGAGGAGAUCAAGAAAAUAGACAAACAGCUUUCUAACAGCUCACUGGGGACUGAACACUUCUUCCGUGAAAUGGGUCAGAUCUACGAGGCUUCACUUUCUCUUCCAGAGACAGACCCAUCACGUCAGCAACUACAGCAUUUACCCAAACUCUGUGCUGAACUGUUGCUUGAUGGAUUUCCCCUUGAGCUAGUAGAUGGAGAUGCAUCCAACAUACCUCUCAGAUGGGUGAGUGGUGUUCUCUCUCAGCUCAAUGUCUUGGUGUCUUCAAAGAACAAGAUACGAGUUAUUACCGUUCUUGGAGUUCAGAGCACAGGAAAGUCCACUCUCCUUAAUACCAUGUUUGGAGUGCAGUUUGCAGUCAGCAGUGGUCGAUGCACUCGAGGCGCAUUCAUGUUGCUCAUCAGAAUCAAUGAAGAUGCUAAAAAACUUCUCAACUGUGACUUCAUGGUAAUCAUUGACACUGAAGGCUUAAAGUCCCCAGAGCUGGCACAGCUGGACAACAGUUAUGAGCAUGACAAUGAGCUUGCAACACUUGUCGUAGGGCUGAGUGAUGUCACCAUUAUUAAUAUUGCAAUGGAGAAUUCAUCAGAAAUGAAGGACAUCCUACAGAUAGUUGUGCAUGCUUUUCUCAGGAUGAAGGAGGUGGGUAAAAAGCCUAAAUGUCAGUUUGUUCACCAGAACGUGUCAGAUGUUUCCGCUCAUGAGAAGAACUUAAGAGACAGGAAACUGCUCUUGCAACAGCUGAAUGAGAUGACCCAGGCAGCAGCAAAAAUGGAACGGAAAGAGGAGAACAAGAGCUUCACUGAUGUGAUGGAGUACUGCCCAGACACGGGGAACUGGUACAUACCUGGACUCUGGAAUGGAAACCCACCAAUGGCACCAGUCAAUGCAGGAUACAGUGAGGCUGUAUAUGAGCUCAAGAAGAACAUCAUCAAGCUACUGGGAGAUUGUCAGUCAUCUACCAAUAACAUUGAUGAGUUUGAAAAGUGGGUGAAGAGCUUGUGGAAUGCAGUGAAGCAUGAAAACUUCAUCUUCAGUUUCAGAAACAGCCUGGUCGCUGAUGCAUACAUGAAGCUCUGCUCAGAAUACAACAAAUGGGAAUGGGGAUGUAAAAAGGAAAUGUACACCUGGGUGACAAAUGCAGCAACAAGAAUUGCCAAUUUCGGUACAGUUGCAGAUAACUCUCAGGUAUCCAACAUGAAAGAUUUUCUGACAAGUUUGAAAACUGAAGCCUCCACAGAGCUGUCUACAUGGGAGAAAAAGCUUCACGACAACCUGUCAGAAUACUUCAAGCAAACAGAAGGUCACGUCUAUCUGGUUGAAGGAUACAAAGAGGACUUCUCAAACAGUAUAAAGAGCUUUCGACGAGAAAUGGAGAGAUCUGUAGUUGAUCAGCUGACAGCAGCAGCUGACAUAAAAACUGGAAUGACAAAACUUGCCGGGAUCAAGAAGAAUCAUACGAAAGAAAUUGAAACAGCAGUGCAUGCCUUAAUUGAUGAAUGUCGAAAGAAAAAAGUUCAGAUGAGAGACACAGAGCUUGAAAAAAGAUUUGAUAAGAUGUGGAAAGAAACAUUGGAGAAACUGUCUUUUACUGAACAAAAGGCAACAGAUGUCUUUGCCAGUGCAGCUCACUGCCUCAGAUCGAAUCUGUCACAUAAGGGAGGUCACGCAAGUGAAUUGUUGAGUCAGAAAAACCUGAGAGAGUGUGGACUGGAGCCUUUUAAAUAUACAGCUGAAGGAUUGUUAAACCAAUGGAAACAUGCAGUGAGAGAGUUGCUCGGACUUAAAGAUCACAUCAAGGUUGUACAAAACAUGGCUGACAAGAUCAUAGAUGCUUGCACUCUGUCUGUGGAUGAAAAACUGAAAAGAAGGACCAAUUACCAUGAUACUUACAUCGAGGAGAUCCUACACAUCAUAGAUGAGAGUCUGAAAAACAAACCAGAUGUUAAGAUAGACAUGGAGUUUGAAGUCUCUCUAAAACAGCACAUCUGUGGAUCUGCAGCCAGAAAGUUUCAGAAGAUGGAAGAAGAUUUCAUACAAGUAAAUGACCCCUAUAGAUGCCUGAUGAAAAACAAGGAGAAGUUUUGUGCUGAUUUCAAAGAUGUCUUUCAUAAACGAGACCAAUGCCAGAAGAAGGCACAAGAAUUCACGGACCAAUGCCUGAAGCCUGCAGUUGAGGUCUUUGUCAAUCGUUCUCUGGGUCCUAAUAUCAUUGAUGAAAUGCUGAAACAAGAGCAGUUCAGCACAAGGAUGUCUUUCCAGUAUUCACUUUUACUGGAUUUGCUUGAAAAGGACAGAGUUGAAGACUAUUUCAGAUACAACAGUUCUUAUGAGAGUUUCAUAAAGACAAGAAUACUUGAACAGAUAGAAGAGCGUUUUUCAAGUUGCUCUGUAACACUUGAGUUUGAGGAGCGACAUCUUCAGUCAAGUAUCAGCAGCAUAAAUGACGCCAUCAAAAAGGCCAAAGCAGGAAAGAGUGGUGACAUGAAGACAUUUGUUGAAAGAAUCUGCAAAGAACUUGGAGAUAAACUGGUCAUUUCCCAGGAUGCUCUUGGUGCUUUCAUGAUCCUGAACAAUGCCAACCGGGAACAGUUUGCUGACUGUCUCACAGUAUCUGUGAAGGACAUGGCAGAAGCUCUUAGAGAAAAGUUUAAAGAAUCAAACAUCAAAAUUAAACUACAAGAUCUCCAUGUGCAGCCCCAGAAUGAACUCUUCACCAGAGUGAUUGGAUGUGGCAAACAGUGUCCAUUCUGUGGAGCUCCUUGUGAAGCAGGAGGAAAAGACCAUGAGAAGCAUUUUACUUCACUGCAUCGACCACAGGGUCUGGGAAGAUACAGGUGCAAUGAAUCAAAAAAACUUGUCACUGACAUAUGCUCGUCCUCUGUAACCAGUGAAAAUAAUUUUUACAGCUUUGCUACAAUGUUUCAAUGGCACCCUUUCAAGCGUUACCAUGAAAUCUUCCCAUCCUGGGAUAUUCGUCCAGAUGUGAGCCUUCAGGCAUCAGACUACUGGAAAUAUGUGAUGACAAGGUACAACAAGGAGUUUGCUAAAGAAUAUGAAGCAGAGCCUGCUGAUAUUCCAUCCAGUUGGAAGAAGAUCUCAUACAAUCAGGCAGAACAAAGUCUGAAAGACUCAUUUAGCAUCAAUUGAUUCAAAUCAGGUUAAGAUUUGUCUUUGCAAUAUCAAGGGACACCCCAAAAAACUUUAAUAUAGAUAAGGUUAAACAUAUUGUCUGUUCACUCAGAUAGAGAAGUACCAGAGACUUACUGAAGUCUGUUAUCAUUACCUGUGUUUGCAUGAAAUUGUAUGUGGCUGCAUCUUCUUUUCAUGGCACAUAUAUGCAAUGGAACCUUUAUUAUUUUAUCUUUGUUUCUGUGCUGUAUCUGAUAUUAAAUAUUUUCAUUUAUUUUUCUUGUGAUAGAUACACUUUCUUCAUUUAUGUAUGGUAUGACCACAUAUCGGUCUUUGUCAGAAUUGUUAUAUGCAGUAUGCUGUGAUGCUUUUAUUGUUUAUAAAAUGAUUAUAGAAGUCUGUUAACCUCAUUUAUCAAAAACUUUAAUUAAAGUACAUGUGUAAAACACG